UGAGGGUCACUUCAUCUGGAGCUGGAAAAGAAGGAGGCAGUUUAUUAAUAGAUAAGGCCGAUUCACUGAUUCGCCGGCAUCUUCUAAACAAGUUGGACGCUUCCGCUGCUUCAGAUAGUGCGUUGUGACCCCUUUGAACCCUGCGAUGCGUUAAACUAAUGACGUGGUCAUGAAGAAACAAGUGAUUUUCGGCCUGCUCCUGGCCAGCGUUUUGGUGUGCAUUGCGGGACAGGAUGAGGAGGAUUACCAGGAGCCACCGACGGUGCUGAUUGCCCUGCUGGUGCGCAACAAGGCCCACACACUGCCCAUGUUCCUGAGCUACCUGGACCAGCAGGAUUACCCCAAGCAGAGGAUUGCCUUUUGGUUGCGUUGUGAUCAUAGCAAUGAUGACAGUAUAGAUAUCCUGAGGAACUGGCUGGACAACUCGGCGGAUCUCUAUCAAAGUGUAAAGUAUGUUUUUGAGCCACAGGAUCGAAGUUAUCUUAACGAGAGUUCACCGUACGAGUGGCCCGCAUCGCGUUUCAAACACCUGAUCGCCAUGAAAGAGGAGGCCUUCCAGUAUGGACGCGAAAUUUGGGCUGACUUCAUGUUUUUCCUGGACGCCGAUGUCUUGCUGACCUCGAAAGAUGCACUAAAAACCCUCACCCGUCUCCAAUUACCCAUUGUGGCGCCCAUGCUGAUCUCGGAAAGCUUGUACUCGAAUUUCUGGUGCGGAAUGACGGAGGAUUACUACUACAGGCGCACGGAUGAGUACAAGGAGAUCUACCAUGUGAAGAAGCAGGGCAGCUUCCCAGUGCCCAUGGUGCACACAGCCGUUUUGGUGAACAUGAACCAUCGGGUGGUCAGGAGGAAUCUCACCUUCGACAAGAGCAGGCUGCUGGAAAUGCAGAGGAGCAGGCAGCAGGAGCCGCUCUACGAAGGACCAGCGGAUGACAUCAUAGUAUUUGCCAUAUCCGCAAAUAGUUCGGGCAUACCCCUGCACAUCUGCAACGACAUAAACUUUGGCUAUAUACUGCAACCUCUGGAACCGGGUGAUUCCUUGGACCAUGAUCUCCAGCAGCUGGUGAAUCUGCGAGCCCUUAUGGUCAACGAUCUGGGAGGAGUGCCUCCUCUACUGGAUUACUACAAGCACUUGGCCAAGAAACCGGAGAAAAGCAAGCUCUCCUUGGAUCGCAUAUUUAUGAUUAACCUAAAGAGGCGACCCGAGAGGCGGGAGAAAAUGGAGCAGCUUUUCGAGGAGCUGGGCAUAGAAGCAGAGUACUUUCCGGCUGUCGAUGGCAAGGAACUGACCACGGAGCGGCUGCAGGAGAUGGGCGUGCGAUUCCUGCCCGGCUACGAGGAUCCCUAUCACCAUCGGGCCAUGACAAUGGGCGAAAUCGGCUGUUUCCUGAGCCACUACAGCAUUUGGGUGAUGAUGGUGCGCAAGGGACUCAAAGAGGUGCUCAUUCUGGAGGAUGACAUACGCUUCGAACCCUAUUUCCGGCAAAAUGCGGUCAGGUUUUUGAAUCAGGCCAGAAGCGCUGUGAAAUACGACCUCAUUUACUUUGGUCGCAAGCGUUUGAAGGAGGAAAGUGAACCGUUUGUGGCGAAUGCGGAUAAUCUGGUGCAUGCCGGCUACUCCUACUGGACAUUGGGCUAUGUUCUUUCGCUACAGGGAGCCCUGAAGCUGCUGGCAGCCAAGCCGCUGGAGAAACUCAUACCCGUGGAUGAGUUUCUGCCCCUGAUGUUCGAUCGUCAUCCCAACAAAACCUGGAGCGAAGCCUUCCCCAAGAGGAAUCUCGUGGCUUUGAGUGCCUCUCCACUCCUGAUGUAUCCCAUUUACUAUACAGGAGACUCGAGCUACAUUUCGGACACCGAGGAUUCGCAGCAAAUCAAUGUGGACACGAGUGAAGAGGGAGAAGCGCGGCUGAAAAGCGAUCGGGAACAGGUUUUCGACCAGGCGGAGGAAUGCACUCUCGAUAAACAACUAAAGCUGGGCGAGAGUUUGCCCAAGAGCCACCAGGAGCUGUAAAUUCUGGCCCCCUUCCAAAAACAUAAUACCAAAAUUUGUCUAGAAUAAGUUAGGUGUAUUUUGCCAAAAAUGCCAAAUGUGCCUUCAACCCAAAUCCACCAAGCUAAAAACUAUCAAAAACGAAUGUUAAAUUAGAACUAAGUUUUCUGUUUACCAGGCUGAAAAGUUUGUGCAAUUUUUUCGGAAUUUUUUCCUAUAUGACAAAGCUUCCAAAUUAGAAAGAUUCUUUUCUUUAAAACAAUGAUAGUAAUGUAAGAUAAUUUUUUUAAAUGUUUGAGAGUAAAAUAUAUGAUUCAUCAUAUCUAAACGUUCAAAUAAUGUCUAGCUGCCAAAAUUGUAGGUUUUAUAAUGAAAUAAUUUCGCAUACAAUGUUUUUUGUUUACAAAAUUAAUAAGGAAGCAACUAAAAUUGGUUUGAAAAGCAAUACACUGUGUUUAAAUGAAACAAUUGCACAACUUGUAGGCCAAAUCCAAACUUUAGACCUACAUUUUACCAGUAUGCCAUUGAAGUAGCCAUUAAGUAGGUUGUAAGCACUGAUAUGAACUCUCACUUUAUUCCACUCACAAGUGAAGUGAAUAACUAUAAAACACUUAAGAUUUAA